AAUAAAAAUCAGAGUUCGAAACGUACGAGUGGAAAUAUUUUAAAACAGAAGUGUCGCCCUUUAAAAGUUAGAAAAGCGUUUGCAGUUUCAGUACUAUAAACAUGUCAAAAAACGUGAGCAAAAGAAAAGCCGGAAAACUUGUUGAGUAUACGUUUGAGUUCCCCCAAAAGCCUGAGAAGAAAACAUUCGCUCAACAUAUAUACGAUGAACGAGAUGGAAAAUUCUUCGGUCGUACCAGGAAGAGUUGGCUGUACCUCUUCAUCUUCUACGGAGUUUACUUCGUCGUGCUAAUUUCGUUGUUCUGGCUGUGCAUGGCAUGUCUCUUUGCAACGUUAAGCGAAGAUUAUCCGAAGUAUCAGUUGAGUGAUUCAUUGAUCGGUACAAACCCCGGCCUUGGUUAUCGUCCCAUGCCUGAGGAUAUCAUGCGAGGUGCAGUGGUCCGCUACAGGGCCGGCAACAAAAAUGAGAUGAGAUACUGGACAUCCCGGCUGGAUGAGUUUCUAGAGCCAUAUCAGAAUCCAUCAGUUCUACCAGGAGGAGGAACGAAUCAAAUGAGCUGUGAGUUUGGGAAGCUUCCUGAACCAGGAAAUGUGUGUGCAUUCGACGUUGACCAGUUUGGGCCAUGUUCAACCGCGAACCGUUACGGCUACAAUGAAUCAAAACCAUGCAUUUUCCUGAAGCUUAAUCGAAUAUACGGUUGGACUCCAGAUUUUUACGAUGAUAUUGAGGAUUUGCCAAAGACAAUGCCAGCUGAUUUAGUGCAACAUAUCAGAGAACUGCCGGAGCAUGAACGCAAGCAGAUUUGGAUCUCCUGCAAUGGUGUUUUUACUGGGGAUCAAGAAGCUAUCGGGUCGUUGGCUUACUACCCUAGUCGAUCAAUUCCACCUUACCACUUCCCUUAUACUAACACGAAAGGCUAUUUGAGUCCGCUUGUAGCGGUUCAGUUUCUCAAUUUAAAAAUGCGACAGAACGUAUUUGUGGAAUGUCGCGCGUGGGCGAAGAACAUCAUUUUUAAAGGAGGCUCCAGACUUCGAAUGGGCUCGGUGCAGUUUUCGAUGCUGAUUGAAUAGAUGUACGUUACGUGAAAGCAAAAUGAUAACCGCGUACACAAAAUAAAACGCCUAAAUGUAGUUUGUCAUACAUUCUGCGAAAAGGCCGUUACCAAGAACCAAUCCGAAAUCAUAACUAUGUCCUGCUUCAAGUGACACACAGCUUAUGCCAAUUAUUUUUUUGAUGGAUGGAAGUGUCGCUGAAGGCGUAAUGGGAAUGAGAAGCAAUCAUUAUUUUUCUAUCUACUAUCUUCAUGAAAAGGAGUUGUUUGGUAAUGUUAAACAGCUUAUCUAUAAUUGAAAAAUGAAACUGAGCCUUCAUCUGUACCUGCAAAAAUGUUAGGGUGAAAAUGUAAAAUAUUUCUCAAUCUUUUAAAAACUAGUUGGCAUUGGUGAGAAGAAUCCACAUUUUUCUAUCAAGAAACCCAUAGUUGUUACGCUGUAGUGAGUCCCCGUUUAAAUUUGGAUUUGAGGUUCGAGUCGACGCGAUUAAAAUAACGCAACUGGCCAUUGUUUUUUUUUGCUUAUAAUCUCUGCAUGACUACAACGAUUUAGGAAAAACUAUGAAAUGAUAUAUUUCAUGUAUUUAUUUAUAAAAAAAAAAUUGUCUAUGCCUCAAAAUAUGCGAUAGUAAGAUAGAGUUUCUCUAUUUAAUGAAAUGUUCAAUAAUGUCACACUAAAGUAGUUUGUAAGUAAAUAGGACCAUUAUGGUCCCAACUAAUCAGUAAUUAUUUGAAUAAAAUGUUAAUA